CUAGAGCAAAGAAACAGCCUCGGUUAACGAGGAAAAUCGGUUCUUAACUCUUUGUUUUGAAAUCACAUUUUCUUAACGCUUCUUAGGAAUUAUAUCAAUUUUCCCGGGAUUUACAAAUUUGUUGCUGUUUUAAACGUGUGGGGAGGUAAAAGAAUAAGCGCUAAAAUGAAGUCUGCGGCAAUCUUUUUGCUACUGAUGCUUUGGAACUGCGAGAGCGCGAGAGUCGCAGAAAGUCCAGACGACAACAGUGUGUACGACCUGUUCGAGCUCGUCCAAGUGCCGAGGAAAAACCAUGGGGUCACCCUGGUAAAAGGCGACGACCCUUACAGUCCCGCCUACAAGAUCCUAAACCCCGACCUGAUCCCCCCGGUUCCCGAGAGCGCCUUCAGGGACCUAAUCGAUUCCAUUCACGCGGAGAGAGGAUUUCUACUGCUGGUCAAUUUCAAGCAGUUCAAGUGGACGAGGGGAAGCCUCUUGACCGUGGAGAAGAAUGACGGCUCAGGACCCGUUUUCGAAAUCGUUUCCAAUGGAAAAGCAAACACUCUGGACAUUGUUUUUUCCACUGAAAACAAGCAACAGGUUGUGUCCAUUGAGGAAGCGGAUUUGGCGGUGGGACAUUGGAAGAACAUCACUCUUUUCGUGCAGGAGGACAGGGUUCAGUUCUAUGUGGGAUGCGAGGAGGUGAAUUCAGCGGAGCUUGAUGCUUCUAUCCAGACUAUCCUCACUCAGGAGACCCCAGGUGUGGCGAGCUUGCGGAUCGGCAAGGGCGCAGUGAAAGACAGGUUCAUGGGAGUGCUGCAAAAUGUGCGCUUUGUUUUCGGAACGACACUGGAUGCAAUUCUGAGGAAUAAAGGAUGCCAAAACUCAAUUAUGACUGAUAUCAUCACCCUUGACAAUCCCAUAAAUGGAUCCAGACCUGCAAUCAGGACUGAUUACACUGGCCACAAAACAAAAGAUUUACAGAUGAUUUGUGGCUUUUCAUGUGAGGACCUAGCCAGCAUGUUCAAGGAACUCAAAGGUCUUGGUGUGGUGGUGCAAGAGUUGUCCAACGAACUCCGCAAAGUGAUGGAUGAAAAAAACAUGCUCAUGAAUCGCAUAGGCAUUCAUGCUGGUGUCUGUCUUCACAAUGGAAUUGUGCACAAAAACAAGGAGGAAUGGACAGUUGAUGAUUGCACAGAGUGCACUUGCCAGAAUUCUGCAACUGUGUGCCGUAAAAUUUCAUGUCCCCUAAUCCCAUGUGCAAAUGCCACAGUGCCUGAUGGGGAGUGCUGCCCUCGCUGUGGAACCCCAAGUGACUCCGCUGAGGACGGCUGGUCCCCCUGGUCUGAAUGGACCCAUUGUUCUGUGUCCUGUGGAAGGGGCAUUCAGCAGCGUGGCCGCUCCUGUGACCGCAUAAAUAACAACUGCGAGGGCACAUCAGUGCAGACAAGAGACUGUUACCUCCAGGAGUGUGACAAGCGCUUUAAGCAAGAUGGCAGCUGGAGUCAUUGGUCACCCUGGUCAUCCUGCUCAGUUACCUGCGGUGCUGGCGUUAUCACGCGCAUUCGUCUUUGCAACUCGCCAACGCCGCAGAUGGAGGGAAAAGAUUGCCAAGGUGAAGGCCGGCAGACUGAGAGGUGUGAAAAAUCACCAUGUCCAAUCAAUGGCGGAUGGGGACCAUGGUCACCUUGGGAUACUUGCUCUACCACCUGUGGGGGUGGUGUCCAAAGCCGUAAACGUCUUUGCAAUAGUCCAGUACCCAAAUAUGGUGGUAAAGACUGUGUUGGAGACGCAAAGGUCACCCAGCUCUGCAACAAGCAAGCCUGUCCAAUAGAUGGAUGUCUUUCGAAUCCAUGCUUUAAUGGAGCUCAGUGCACAAGCUUCCCAGAUGGCUCCUGGAAAUGUGGGAAAUGCCCCACAGGUUACACUGGCAAUGGAAUUGAUUGCAAAGAUAUCAAUGAGUGUAAGGAGGUCCCUGAUGCUUGCUUUGAAUUUAAUGGAGUCCAUAGGUGUGAGAACACAGUGCCUGGCUACAACUGUCUGCCAUGCCCCCCACGCUACACUGGCUCACAGCAGUUUGGUAGAGGAGUUGAGGACGCUGCUGCCAAGAAACAGGUGUGCACACCACGUAAUCCUUGCCUUGAUGGAAGCCAUGACUGCAAUAAGAAUGCUCGCUGCAACUAUCUGGGACAUUUCUCAGAGCCCAUGUACCGCUGUGAGUGCAAACCUGGCUUUGCUGGAAAUGGACACAUCUGUGGAGAGGACACUGAUCUUGAUGGCUGGCCUAAUGCUGAUCUUGUGUGUGUCGAGAAUGCAACCUAUCACUGCAAGAAGGACAACUGUCCCAACCUUCCAAACUCUGGGCAAGAAGACUAUGACAAGGAUGGAAUUGGUGAUGCUUGUGAUAAUGAUGAUGACGAUGAUGGCAUUCCUGAUGACAGGGACAAUUGCCCACUCAUCUUCAACCCAAGGCAGUAUGACUAUGAUCGUGAUGAGGUGGGAGACCGCUGUGAUAACUGUCCCUACAACAGCAACCCAGACCAGACUGACACUGACAGCAAUGGUGAAGGCGAUGCCUGUGCUGUGGACAUUGAUGGAGAUGGUAUUUUAAAUGAGAAGGACAACUGCCCAUAUCUGUACAACGUAGACCAGAAAGACACUGAUCUAGAUGGAGUUGGUGACCAGUGUGACAACUGCCCUCUGGAGCACAACCCAGACCAGCUUGACUCUGACUCUGACCGUGUUGGAGACAAAUGUGAUAGCAACCAGGACAUUGAUGAGGAUGGUCACCAAAACAACCUAGACAAUUGUCCAUACAUUGCCAAUGCGAACCAGGCUGAUCAUGACAAGGAUGGUAAAGGGGACGCCUGUGACUAUGAUGAUGAUAAUGAUGGCAUUCCUGAUGACAAGGACAACUGCAGACUGGCUUUCAAUCCAGAUCAACUGGAUUCUGAUGGUGAUGGAAGAGGGGAUGCUUGUAAAGAUGACUUUGACCAGGAUAAUGUCCCAGAUAUCUACGAUGUCUGUCCAGAGAACUUUGACAUCAGUGAGACUGACUUCCGGAAAUUUCAGAUGGUACCUCUGGAUCCCAAGGGUACCUCUCAGAUUGACCCCAAUUGGGUGGUUCGUCAUCAAGGCAAGGAACUUGUUCAGACAGUCAACUGCGAUCCCGGCAUUGCUGUUGGUUUUGAUGAGUUCAAUUCAGUUGACUUCAGCGGAACUUUCUUCAUCAACACGGAAAGAGAUGAUGACUAUGCUGGCUUUGUUUUCGGAUACCAGUCCAGUUCUCGCUUUUACGUGGUGAUGUGGAAGCAGAUCACACAGACCUACUGGUCCAGCACACCAACAAAAGCACAGGGUUACUCAGGGUUAUCAAUCAAAGUGGUUAAUUCCACCACAGGGCCAGGCGAGCAUUUGAGGAACGCCCUUUGGCACACUGGAGACACUCCAGGACAGGUACGUACGCUGUGGCAUGACCCAAAAAAUAUUGGAUGGAAGGACUUCACUGCUUACAGAUGGCACCUGACUCACAGACCACGAACUGGACACAUAAGAGUGGUGAUGUAUGAAGGCAAAAAGAUCAUGGCAGAUUCUGGUAGAAUUUAUGACAAAACAUAUGCAGGCGGAAGACUGGGUCUCUUUGUCUUCUCACAAGAGAUGGUAUACUUCUCAGACCUCAAAUAUGAAUGCAGAGAUGCAUAAUUACACAGGCAGGAAGUUUAUCAAAGAAUGCACAUUUCUGUACAAAUAUGUAUUCCGGGCAAAGUCCAGAGACAGAUUUGAUGCUAAUUUUUUGCAGUCGCUCUCACAGUGGUGGUGACAAAGCAGGUGGUCAAUUCCAAUGUAACUGUCGCUUGUUGGAAUAGAAACCAGCUGGCUACUGAUUCAGAAUCUGGACCCCUCCACCAUUAGCAGGUAGAGCAGAAAAUAGUCUCCCUCACUUUGUUUAAUUGGGAAGACUGAAAUCUCUCUGAAAAACCUCAUUCAGCUCUGUGUGGGAGGAGCUCCCAACAGACAGCUAUGCACUUCGAAACCUUUACUCUCUCUCUCUCUCUCUCUCUCUCUCUCUCUCUCUCUCUCUCUCUCUCUCUCUCU